AUGAUAUGGACAGACUCGAAUUAUGGGGUAAGUUCGUUGUAUUAUUUUCCCUUGCAUCUACUGAUAUCUAGGCAACUGUCAGUUCCAGGGAAAACGGGCCCAUACGCGAUUUCCUUGGUGAAGAACUAUCGUGCUUUCUUCAUUUUGAAUGCGCUAUUUGCACUCACAGACUGCCGUGUGACAACUAUCCGCUUCCUCUUCGCCAGUGUAUUCGUCAAUUUUUUGCAAUACAUAGAGGAUGAGUGGACUCUCCUCAUCGACUGCAUCGCGAAAGGGAUCAUUCCAGACAUGGAAAACCUAGAGCACGUGCGAGAACCUUUGGAGAAACAUUUUACUCCAAACCCUAUCCGUGCUGCUGAGCUUCGCGAAAUCGGACCUCCUGGUAUCGAGGGCUGGGCAGUCCGUGUAUGGCCUGACUUGGAAAAAUUUAUCGGGAUCACCGGAGGCCCCGCCGCUGCAUCCGUUCCAAAGGUUACUCAUGUCCUCGGACCCUCUGUUGCCAUGCAGUCUCCUUGUUAUGGCAGCUCUGAAUGUUAUAUCGCCAUACCAUAUUUGAACGGCAACCCUAAUACCGACUUCAAGGUGGUGCCCGUAGAUGGGGUCACCGAGUAUCUGGACGUGCGUUCCAACGAGCCUUCUGAGCGUGUAUUGUCCGCUUGGGAGCUUGAGACUGGAGGGCAUUAUGAACCCGUCUUGACGACUCGUAAUGGCUUGUGGAGAUACCGUAUCGGCGAUGUCGUCGUCGUUAAAGGCUUUGCGCCAGAUGAUGGAUUACCUGUCAUCAAUUACCUUCAUAGGCGAGAUGGCUCACUUGGACUGGCGUAUGGAACAGCGUGUACAGAGUCGCAAUUGACGGAUGCGAUCGUAUCUGCGUCUGAACGAUGGAUCGGCCAAAUCAUAGAUUUCACUGUUGUGGCCGACGACCGAGACACGCCAGUCACUUAUGGGUACUUGGUAGAAAUUGGAGGUGAUAUAGGAAUGGAGGCGAAAAUGGCAACACAGCAAAUUUUUGAAGACCUCAUGGAAAACAAUGAGUAUCAUAUGGCUUUUUGGCAAGGAAGAGCAAGGAAGCCAACUGUCCGUCUCGUGAAGAAGGGCACGUUCACUGAAUAUCGCAGGCAGAAAUGCGAGAAGACAAACGUCUCGAUGGCCCAAGUGAAGGUUCCCAUCGUCUUAUCCGACCCAUCGUUUAGGGAAUGGCUCCUGCAGAAAGUUAUCACGGAGUUGUAA